AUGGAGAAAAGUCCACCGUUUACCAUUGAAUUGGUUGACCCAGCCCACGAAGCAUCCAGCAGGGAUGUGCAAGACGCAACACACACACACCUGGCGAGAAUUUUGCCAGCAACCACUCGAUCUACCAGAGAUGAGAUCUUGAACCCUACCAGCAAUUUGCAAGAAUUUCUGCAACAGGAGCUUCUUGUAAGAAAGAUCAAUGCCGUUCAAGAUUGGUUGUGGGCAUGCGGCCGACCUAUGCCUCCUCGGCCCCUGCAUCACCAGCGAGUACUCUCGCGAGACAUCAUUAUUACCGAGAACCCAGAAUUGCAUCUCAUAUGGGGUCCACAAGGAAUUCACCUGAAGCCUCUUCCAGAGUAUCUGCUAGAUUCAGCCUUUUGGCAACAACAUAUUCUAUCGAGUGACAGCCAAGAACAGCGCAUCGAGCUGGAACAAUGCGCUCGAGGUUUUUUAUUCUCGUACUGUGCCCUCAUUGCACAUUACAGCGACUUUCGUGUCGCACGCGAGAAAGGACUAUUGCCGGAAGCCGUAACUUGGGAGUACUGGAAGAUGUUGUCGGGCCAGAUCUUGCAGCACCAUUGCUAUUCUACCGUCAACCCCAGGUACUGGUACGGUGAACUCCGUCUCGGGCGCUUGAACAAGAUAUAUCGGUUUCGAAAGGGCCAUUUGCUGAGAGGAUACUCGAGAAUUUCUGGAUACGCUAUUUACGGGGACUUGAUUCGGGACAAUUUUGCGUCUCUUAUAACGAUACUCGGCUACGUCGUUAUUGUACUGACAGCAAUGCAAGUUGGCCUUGCGACAGAUAAAUUGAUCUCUAACAGUGCCUUCCAGGCCGCUAGUUACGGACUUGCCAUAUUUUCUAUCAUCGCGCCGCUGAUUUCAGCUGUCGCCAUUUUGUUAUUUGUUUCAGUUUGGAUAGUCAGCAAUUGGCGCGCUACAAUGGAUUUCGAAAGAAGGAGAUUUGUGGAAAUGGGAGUUGAGCCCUAUUGGCGAGAUAAGUACUGA